CUUUACAGUAAGGGCCGUGUUUUGGGCUUUGAACGUGCUAUGCGUACCCAAAACCCCAACGUCUCUCUUAUCCAAGUAGAGGGUGUUCAAACCACCAAGGACGCUCAAUUCUACCUUGGUAAGCGUAUUGCCUAUGUCUACCGUGCUCAACGUGAGAUCAACGGCUCUAAGCUCCGUGUCAUCUGGGGUCGUAUUGCUCGUACUCACGGUACCAACGGUGUCGUCAAGGCUCGUUUCAGAAAGAACUUGCCUCCCAAGGUCUUUGGUGCCUCUGUCCGCAUCAUGCUUUAUCCUUCCAACAUUUAA